AUGGCCGAUCAGUUCAAAGCUCGCACGUUGAAACGUAAGAACGUCAAGGGCCUUGCCUUGAAUUCCGCGCCCAAGCCUGCGUCUAAACCCGCGGACGGUGAUGCUCAAGUUUCCGGCGCUGUCGGCAAUACCGACAACAACCGCACAGAUACUUUGGAGAUUGGACUGGAAUUCCGACUGGAUCUUCGUAGCGAAGACUUGGUCACUUUGAAGGAACUGGGAGCCGGAAAUGGAGGAACGGUUUCCAAAGUGAUGCACGCAUCUACAAAGGUCGUGAUGGCUAGGAAGAUAAUUCGCGUGGAUGCCAAGGAGAAUGUGAGAAAGCAGAUCCUGCGUGAGCUGCAGGUUGGACAUGACUGCAACUCCCCUCAUAUCGUGACCUUCUAUGGAGCGUUCCAGAACGAAGCGAGGGACAUUGUUCUGUGUAUGGAAUACAUGGACUGCGGUUCCCUCGAUCGCAUCUCCAAAGACUUUGGUCCUGUCCGGGUUGAUGUGUUGGGCAAGAUCACCGAGUCGAUCCUAGCGGGCUUGGUGUAUCUCUACGAGGCGCACCGGAUCAUGCAUCGUGACAUCAAGCCUUCCAACAUCCUGGUGAACUCGCGAGGUAAUAUCAAACUUUGCGAUUUUGGUGUCGCUACCGAGACAGUCAACUCGAUCGCCGACACUUUCGUCGGAACUUCUACGUACAUGGCACCGGAGCGAAUCCAAGGUGGCGCCUACACAGUGCGAUCGGACGUCUGGAGUGUCGGUCUGACCGUGAUGGAAUUGGCUGUGGGCCGUUUUCCCUUUGAUGCAUCUGAUGCGUCUGCGGGAGAUCGCGCCAGUGCCGGCCCAAUGGGCAUUCUUGACUUGCUGCAGCAAAUCGUGCAUGAGCCGGCUCCCAAGCUGCCGAAGAGUGACGCUUUCCCGCCCAUUCUACACGAGUUUGUUGCCAAGUGUUUACUCAAGAAACCCGAGGAGCGACCGACUCCUCGAGAGCUAUACGACAAAGAUGCUUUCCUGCAGGCCGCCAAACGUACACCGGUUGAUCUACAAGAAUGGGCCAUCAGCAUGAUGGAGCGGCACAACCGCAAAUCCUAUCUGGCUCCGCCAGCUCCCAAAUCACUGAAGGAGGAGACCGGGCACGCCGCCCCGCCUCCCAAACCCAGUGCGAGCAAGCCUGCUCGGACGCCAGGCUACACUCCUACGUCCGGGGAGAUUCCCCUCAACAUUGCCAACGACACGUCUGCUGCCCACUACCGUCAUUACAAUGGGUCCUCAAACCCGUCGCCGCACCUGGCCCGGUCGACGCGCUCGCCUCCUCCACCGAUAUCGCUGGAACACUUGUCGCUCGAGACCAAGGAGGAUGAAUACCGCUCCGGCCGCCGUCCGUCACGCAAUUAUCCGGGAGACCCAGUCUCUGCCAUUGAGCCGCCGACCCGACAGCACAUCAGUUCUCGCUCGGCCAGCUCGCACAACAAGUCGAGAAUGCCGCUCCAAACGGCGACGCUUCCCAUUCGUGCCGUGCCUCCCCCGAGCGGGCCACCUCCACCAGCGCCAGUAUCGGCGGGAGGCUCCUGGCGUCGCCAAAUGAACCAGUCCCGCGGUGAUAUGACGGGGGCUGCUUGA